UUCACGAGCGGUGUGUGUGCUGACCAAUGGGCAGUGGGAUCCACCUCUCGGGGGCGGGCUCUGGCGGGCGCGGUGACGACGCAAAGGUCUGCGCGUCGCGGCGGCCGAGGCGGCGGUGCCUGAGGACGCGGCGCCCGCCAGCGCGGCUGAGGGACAGAGUCACUGCGAGAGGACUCCGUGAGAUACUAUUCCCGGACCACUGACCAGGUUUGUACUGGAGUGGAAGACGCUGGAAGGCAGACCGACCACCAUGUCAACAUUCAGGCAGGAGGAUGUGGAAGACCACUAUGAGAUGGGAGAGGAGCUGGGAAGUGGACAGUUUGCGAUUGUGCGGAAAUGCCGGCAGAAGGGCACCGGGAAGGAGUAUGCAGCCAAGUUCAUCAAGAAGCGCCGCCUGUCAUCUAGCCGCCGGGGAGUGAGCCGAGAGGAGAUCGAGCGGGAGGUGAACAUCCUGCGGGAGAUCCGGCACCCCAACAUCAUCACACUUCACGACAUCUUUGAGAACAGGACGGAUGUGGUGCUCAUCCUUGAGCUGGUCUCAGGCGGCGAGCUCUUCGACUUCCUGGCCGAGAAGGAGUCGCUGACCGAGGACGAGGCCACCCAGUUCCUCAAGCAGAUCCUGGACGGUGUCCACUAUCUGCACUCUAAGCGCAUUGCCCACUUUGACCUCAAGCCAGAAAACAUCAUGCUCCUGGACAAGAAUGUGCCCAAUCCACGGAUCAAGCUCAUUGACUUCGGCAUUGCCCACAAGAUCGAGGCAGGGAACGAGUUCAAGAACAUCUUUGGGACCCCAGAGUUUGUGGCUCCUGAAAUCGUCAACUAUGAGCCCCUGGGUCUGGAGGCAGACAUGUGGAGCAUUGGCGUCAUCACCUAUAUCCUCCUGAGUGGCGCGUCCCCGUUCCUGGGUGAAACCAAGCAGGAGACCUUGACCAACAUCUCGGCUGUGAACUACGACUUUGACGAGGAGUACUUCAGCAACACCAGCGAGCUGGCCAAGGACUUCAUCCGCCGGCUACUUGUUAAAGACCCCAAGAGGAGAAUGACCAUCGCCCAGAGCCUGGAGCAUUCCUGGAUCAAGGCCAUCCGGCGGCGGAAUGUGCGGCGGGAGGACAGCGGCCGGAAGCCAGAGCGGCGGCGCCUGAAGACGGCACGCCUCAAGGAAUACACCAUCAAGUCGCACUCGAGCAUGCCCCCCAACAACACCUACAUCAACUUCGAGCGCUUCUCCAAGGUGCUGGAGGAGGUGGCGGCGGCUGAGGAGGGCCUGCGCGGGCUGGAGCACAGCCGGCGCCUGUUCCAUGAGGACCUAGAGGCGCUGACAGCCAUCUACGAGGAGAAGGAGGCCUGGUACCGUGAGGAGAACGAGAGCCUAGGCCAGGACCUGCGGCGGCUGCGCCAGGAGCUGCACAAGACGGAGGCGCUACAGCGGCAGGCACAGGAGGAGGCCAAGGGUGCCCUGCUCGGGGCCAGUGGGCUCAAGCGCCGCUUUAGCCGCCUGGAGAACCGCUACGAGGCACUGGCCAAGCAAGUGGCCUCCGAGAUGCGGUUCGUGCAGGAUCUGGUGCGCGCCAUGGAGCAGGAGAAGCUGCAGGAGGGGGAGUGCAGCCUCCGCUAGGGCCGCCCAGGAUGCGGCAUCCUCGGCCCUGGGAGGCCCUGUCACCCCGAUGUGGCCCAGGAGCUGGAGGCAGGAUGUACUCCAUGGGGCCCUGGAAUCCAUGGCCUAGGGAGGGCUUGGCCCGGCUUUGCCCCAGAGGAGGUGGCUGGUCUUGGCCUUCUCUGCACCGCCCGAGUGCCCCCAGCCCAGCCCCUUCCUCCCUCUUGCAGCUUCACUCUGGGGGCAUCCAUGGCAACAUCAGCUCAGGACCUCUGGGAGGGGGCAGCACAUCCAUGAUGGAACUGGCCAUGGUGGACACACAUGCCUCACACCUGCCCAGGGUUGGGCUGGCAGCCUUCAUGUUCGGAGCCUGGUCAGCAGCCUCAGGCUGUCCAUGUGGUCCAAGUGUGUGGAAUCUGGUGUGGGGGCAUGGGGGGUGUCUGUGAAUGGCAUGGGGCUCAGAACUGAGGGGGAGCCUCUGCUCGACACCCUGGCUCCUCCACUCUGGAGAAGAGAAGCUACUCCUCCAGAGUCAGUGGUGGAAGGGCCUCUGAUCCAGCUCUCCAGAUCCUCCAGCCCCUCUUGGUGCCCCCAGCCCUUGAGGAGAUGUCAGUCUGGGGGUUGUAUUGGGGGUGGUGGUGGUGGGCACAGGGCCUGGGUGCAGUAAAGGAAGUAUCUACAAGGCCGAAUCUCCACUUCUUGCCGAGGCGGGCCUCCCGUGGGGAAGGGGGUGAAGAGCCUUGGGACCUCCCCUUCUCUCCAGUUCCCUGACAACGCUUAGAGCCUUCAGCAGGGUCCCAACCCCGCCUCAUCCCCAGCCCCACCCCAUCAUACUCCCUUCGCCAGUGCUGCCUUUGCACCAGCAGCUCUCUAGUGGGCACCCUGGAGUAACUGCUCGGGGCCUUGUUUCCAGCAUCGCCUGCCUGGGGAGCCCCAGGGUCCCUUCAGCCUGCCCCACCUUGCUGUGCUCCGUGCAGCUGCUGGAGAAGGCGCCCUUAAGUCGUCUCCGUGGCAGUGCUGCUCUGUGCCACUAGGUGCUGCCCUGCAGCGCGGUUCAGAGAAUGUGCCCUAAGAACCAGGCUUCAGCAAAACCUGGGUCCCCAGCUGUGGCCAUGCUGAGCUCCCGUGGAGCUCCCUGCUGCCAUUGUGUUAAUCCAGGGGCCCUUACGCAGCCCCCCGCCCUUAGUCCGAGAGGAGUCCUCACAACAGAGGCCAGCCAAGGACACAUGCAGGGAGGAGUGGGUGAGAAGGUGGGUGGCACUCCAGCCGUGGCCCCGGUGGGGCUCAGACCACAAGACCUGUGGGGCCGAGGAGGGCAUUGGAGCCUGGCUGUGGGGCUGGCAUAAAGGGGCGGGGCGGGCCCACUGUGUGCCUCUCACAGGCACCAUUGUGUGACACGCCUCUGAGCAUGUGCCUGCUGCCAGCCUUAAGGAAAUAAAACCCGCUUCCCUGGU